AUGGAGAUCUACUUGAGUUACAGCGAGCAAAACCAACAAACUGCUGCACGUCUUAAAGAAGAUAUUGAGGCAUACACAAGUUUUGUUGUUGCGUUAGACCACAAUGAUGAUUGGGAAGAAGUCGAGGACAAUGAGUUGGGAGAACAUAUUCACCAGGCGGAUGGUCUACUAUUCUUGGCAACAGAGACUUCCAUCAUCACAGUUUGGCUCAUUGACGUGAACAAACAAAUUAAUCGAAAUGAAACCAUACCAGCAAAAAUUAAAUUGCCACGGACGAUAGACAUUUCGGACUCCUACUAUGAAGAAGGUUUCGCCACGUUGCUUGGCCACAUCGCUCAAAAUAUGGAUAGGAGAUAUGGUUCUCUUCACUUACAGCAGGAGAAAGAAGACGACCGUCAUGGCCCUUCGCACUAUGAAAACAGUCUAAGAGAUCUUUUCGCAAAAUCAAAGGUGAAAUUGGACCGAACAGGUGCAUUGAAAGCUAGAAGGCAAGAACGUGCUUGCCGAAAAAAUCGCCUUCAAGAAGCACGAGCGCAACGACUUCUUCGGGCAUACCGAUAUUAG